UAGACAAAUAAAGUUUUCAGAUAUCUGCACAACCAUCUCGGAGGUUGACGCCCGACAGCUCUGAAUCCUGCUCUGACCGCAGGAAACACACACAAGUGGGUUUAUAAUCAUCUGCACGGAGAAUCAUGUUCCUGUAUCUCCUCGGGCUGGUGGUGGUUUGGUUCAUCUUUCGCUGGUACAGAGAGUUAGAAAGAGUCUCCGACAAGGGAGACAAAUAUGUGUACAUCACAGGCUGUGACUCGGGGUUCGGUAACCUCCUGGCCAAACACCUGGACAAACUGGGCUUCCGUGUGAUCGCGGGCUGUUACACGGAGAAAGGCGAGGACGAGCUGAAGAAGGUCACCUCUGACAGGCUGACGACCGUCCACGUGGACGUCACCGACUCGGACAGCGUCAAGAAAGCAACGGCGAGCAUCAAGGCUCUCGUUGGACAGAAAGGCCUGUGGGCUGUUGUGAACAACGCUGGAGUCUCUGUUCCGUCCGGUCCCACCGACUGGCUCGUCAUAGAAGACUACAAGUCUAUGCUGGCAGUCAAUCUGCUCGGCGUGGUCGACGUGACGCUGAGCGUCCUCCCCCUCAUCAAGCAGGCUGAAGGCAGAGUGAUCAACGUCUCCAGCGUGUUCGGGCGCAUCAGCCCGUUCGGCGGACCGUACUGUGUGUCCAAGUACGGAGUGGAGGCCUUCAGUGACAGUCUGCGGAUAAACAUGGCGCCAUUUGGAGUCAAGGUAGCCUGCAUUGAGCCUGGGUUCUUCAAAACAAACGUGACCGAUCUGGUGUUGCUGAAGGGUAACGUGAAGAAGCUCUGGGACAGACUACCUGAGGACGUGAAGCGCGACUACGGAAACGACUUCUUGGACAUUUCUUUUGAACAUCUGGAUAACCGCUUCAACCAGUUCACGGACUCAGACCUGAUGAAGGUUGUCGGCUGCAUGGAGCACGGCAUCUCCGCUGUCCGUCCUCGUACUCGCUACUCUCCUGGAUGGGACGCAAAGUUCUUCUGGCUGCCGCUGUCCUACAUGCCCACCUUCCUGUCGGACACAAUGUUUCUGAAAAACGGCCCCAAACCAAAAAUAUCCAAGCUGUAGUUUCUCUCGUGUCACUUGGCGGAGAAACAUUUUGGGCCAAUUGGAAGGACGCUACUUGGGUGUGUUUUAUUUUCAUUACAAUAAAUCUGAUUCCAGCUGGUGCCGUGUGUGCCUUAUUUGUCUAGUGUUGAUCCUGAACGACAGCUGACCUUCAGUUCUCCAGUCAUAUCAUCUUAUCAUAAUAUCUGCAUUGUCAUUGCCACCUGUGUUAGUCUGUAAAGCUCUCACUUCUGAUUGAUUUCGCUUCUCUUCUGAGUCCUCUUCCGAUUGUCAACAUGCAAAUAUCGGACAUUGAUAACAGUCUGCUGUGUAACCUUUGAUCAGAGAUGUUGUCAGAGUGGAUUUGAGGUGAAAGGGGAAGGAAGCUAUCAAAACCAGGCGUCAUGCAUUAUGUUUUAGUCUGUAUUACACAACCACACACUGGUGGACCAUAUCGACUAUGGACUUUGACUCUGCAGACACACUUUGUAUCCUUACGUGCUGCUUCUGCAUUCAGUUAUUCAAUAUACUUGACAGUGAAGAAUCUGCUGCAUCUAAAGAACUGUGACCAUGGUACGUCUGUAUUAAUAUUAUUAUCAUCUUUAUUAUUAUAGACAUUACACUACAGUGCUAAUGCUAGUAUUGGCUGAUUCAUUGGCUUUGGUGGUUAUAAUGAGCACAGGGACUUGACAGGAGUUGAUGAAGCUAAUUGAAUGACUGAUUUGUAGGUUUUUGCACAAACUGUCGUACUGAGAUGCGAUUCCAUCUGGUGGUUGAGCGAAAACAAUUGAAUUAAAGGAUCCAUUCCACAAAAUUGCA